AUGGAUCCAGAUGGCAAGUCGAUCGAGAAGCACUACUCGCUCUACCAGCGCGAGCAGUUCCUCAAAGGUACCCGGGGCGAGACGAGUAUCGUCAGCGCGCAGCCCACGAAACUCCAAGCGGCAACAAAGGAGAAGUUGACGGACAAAGGUUACCUCUAUGCUGUCUCCAACGCAGGCGAAGGCUGGACAGACCAAGCCAACCGACAGGCUUUCUUCAAUUGGAAAAUCAUCCCCCGCAUGCUCGUCGACACGAACGAGCGCGAUCUGUCCGUUGACCUCUUUGGUCACAAGCUGCCCAACCCUCUGCUCUUUGCGCCCAUUGGCAUCAACUCAAACUAUCAUCCCGAUGCCGAGCUCAUCCCUGCACGUGUGGCGGGUGAGCUAGGCAUGGGCUACUGCUUAUCGACGGCAGCAAGUCGUUCGAUUGAAGAUGUGGCAAAAGCGAACGGCAACGGACCGCGCUUCUUCCAACUCUACUGGCCUCAUGAUCCCGAGAUCACGACUUCGCUUCUCACGCGAGCACACAAGAGCGGCUACGAUGCAUGUAUACUCACAGUUGACACUUGGCAGCUCGGCUGGCGACCCACGGACAUUGAUGUUUCCAACUACAGCUUCUACUACGGCAAGACGGGCAAUCAGAUGGGAACGUCCGACCCUGCCUUCAUGAAAAAGUAUGGCAAAGAGCUAGAAAAAGAUCCUUCGAGGUGGAUUGACAAAGCAGUAUGGCACGGGAAAGCACAUUCCUGGAAGGAGCUCCCUGCACUCAUCAAGGAAUGGAAGAAGAUCAGCGGUGACAAACCUUUCUUGCUAAAAGGCAUUCAGUCCACCGAGGAUGCCCUCAAAGCAGUCGAAUACGGCUGUGACGGUAUCGUCGUGAGCAACCACGCAGGUCGCCAAGUCGAUGGUGCGCUAGGCAGUCUGGAUGCCCUAGCAGAGAUAGCGCCCAUCGUAGGCGACAAGCUGACCAUCAUCUACGAUUCCGGCGUACGAACGGGCGCAGACGUCUUCAAGGCUAUCGCUCUAGGCGCCAAAGCUGUUCUCUUUGGCAGACUGUGGAUCUUUGGCAUGUCCGCAGGAGGUUACGAAGGCUGUAUGCACGUCACCAAAUGCCUUCUGGCCGACCUCGACAUUCUCAUGACCGUCGGUGGAUUUCCUUCUCUGCGGGAUAUCACCCGAAAGAGCCUAAAGCGAGUUGAAGGCGUCAUGCCUGAGCCACCCGCGGCAAAGCUGUAG